CAUACAUACAUAAGGGGGAAAAUGUGUAUGCUCAAGUCCCAUUAGAAGAAAUGGAGCUUAUGCCCACACCCACACCCCAUUACAUCUUUUGGGGCAUGUGAGGGGUUUUUUCAGUGUGGUUGGAAGCCACAUAAGGCGCACCUGUGUGUUAUGCAGGUGCACUGUACUGAAUACUCCGCAGACAGUGUUCCCUCUCCUCCAGCAUGUGGCCUUGCAGUUGGCAAACAAUGUUUUACAGACAGAAGAUGACAAAUGAUAGAAAAUGUCUUAUGAGUUUAUAACAUGGGGUUUAUCCCAUGCAGAAACAGAAUUUAAAAUGGGGAAAUCCCGCAAAAGUAGGAUCAUUUUGCACAUGACAUUGAGGGUACUGAACAUUAAUCCAGCACUAACCCACAGAGAAAGUGAACAAAAGUGGCUGCUUUUCACUUUUAGGCAGAUUUUGUCCACUUUCUGUGCAGGUUUUUCCCCAUUAAUGCUCAAUGCCCCUAAUAUGUCUGAGAACAACCCCCUUUUUGUAGGAUUUUUCUGCUAUUUAAAUCCCAUUUCUGCAUGAGAUUUAGGCACUUAACCUCCCGUGUGAUAAACUCCAUAGUUGGAGAAAUGUCUUUCGUGAGUGCUUCCUUUCUGAGUUAUUACCACCUUUGGCUAACUCAAGUAUUGAGUAAUGUGUCCCUGAGAUCCAGGUGGAUACCCUUUGUUUGAAAAAGGCCCUUUCUUUUAGAGAAAUUCUGAUGCCUUGCUUAAGCCUGAAGUGUUUAAUAAAUUCCCAGUUCAGAGCAAUCCAUUCUGGGAUGGGGUCUACUGAAGCAAGAAUUCAAGCUGCUUGCCUCCUUGUGGAGGCUCCUUGCUAAAAAAUCACUGCCUAAACUAGCUGAUAUCACUCUUCCAGACACCUAAAAUCUAGGAUUUUGUCCAGAGAAUCUCAUUAGCUUAUUUCUCUUUUUCAAACUCUUGGCCCUGGCUUCAGAGGAACUUGGUUAGCUUGCCCUCCUUUCCAUCCACUGUUCAAGCCAGAAGGGCUCCCUACCUCCUCACAAACCCAGUGGGACUAAGGAGAGGUAAUCCCUUAUCUCUUAAAGUUAUCUUUUGGGAAGUACUUUCCCUGCACAUUGGAGCUUUCCAAAAUUGCCCCCCUUUUUCUGAUGAGGGGGUAUUAGGAAAAGUAUUAAACUGUCUUUAAUUUUGAAACUUUUCUCUCCUCCCUCUCUUCCACCUUAGCAACCCUUACAGCUUCAAACUGCUUUUAAUUCCAAACGAUUACAGCCUUGCAUAUUUGCUGUUCCGCAUGUAUUUUUGCCAUUUGUGACGCUCUGCCAUAUUUGCUAUUCUCAAAUGUAGCUAUUGCGUAUAUCUUCAUUCUUGUGUAUUCAAUACAAUUCUCCUUUUAGAGAGUUCUGUGUGAAUGUAGAUUUUUGAGCCCAAUAUAUUUGAUGUAUUAUUUGCCAAAGAUACACGAUCCCUGAUAGGCAUGUGUACUCACAACAUGUAUGAAAUAAUUCAUUUCUUCCAAGGGCAUACCUGGUAACACUCAGAGAUCUUUUUCUUCAUUAUUUAAUAUUACUUCAUAUAUGUUUCUUGAGAAAAAGACAUGGGUACAAACAAGAAGUGUAGAAGUAACUUGAUGUAUCUGUGAUAAUCUUAUCCCAUUUGAUUUUUGUUUAAGUUCCUCAUUUUGUAGUCUUAUAACAUGAGACCAGUUCUUCUGAAACAGUAAGAAAAUGAAUUCCAAUGGGCCUUUGGUAUCUGUUGGGGUUUUGUUCUAGGAUCCCCAACGCAGAACCAAAUGGCAAAAUUAAGAGCACAGAACCUGCAGUCUCUUAACUGAAAGAGAUGUUUUGCCAACAUUUGCCAGGCUCCUCCAAAGUGACCCACUUUGUGCAGUAAAGGCAGCCCAGGUGCUUGCAGAGAUAACUAAAAAUGAGGAAAUGAAGGUCCCAUGUAUAGAUGCUGGUUUGGUCCCAAUCAUGAUACCACUCUUGGACAGCAGAGACCAAGAAAUGUUGCUUCAUGUGGGCAGAGCCAUUGGCCGCAUAUGCUAUGAUAAUAAUGACCUCCAAGAGCAGCUGGCAAAAGCAGAAGUGAUCAACUCCCUGGUUAGGAUAAUGUCAGACUAUCCAGAUAACGAACCUCUUGUCCGUGUCAACCUGUUGGCCUUGUCCAACCUUGCAGACUUAGAUGCUGCUAAAGAGGCCCUUAGCAAGACCAAAGUUGCAGAACAUUUGGUACAUCAGCUGCAGGUGGCAAAUCAUCAUGAGAAGGUUGAAAUCAUCCUUGAGGUUCUACAGACACUGGCAGAGAAUGAUACCCUGAAAUUGCAGUUAGUUGAGGCUGGUAUUCAGGAGGCUGUGUCAGAGAUCUUGAAGAGGCUCCAGGCUAGUUCCAAGCCAGAAGACAUGUGCAGCUUAAAGGCUGCAUCAGAUCUGAUUGUGUCACUGCUACUUGGAGAUGAAUCCAUGCAGCAGCUGUUUGCAGAGGGAAAGGGUGUUAUCUACCAGAACAUUGCCACAUGGCUUACAUCCAAGCACACGCAAUUGCAGCUGACAGGGGCUUUGGCCAUUGCUAAUUUUGCCAGGAAUGACAGUAAUUGUGUCGGAAUGGUGCAACUAGGGGUCGUACAUCAGCUACUAGACCUUUUGGAUCACCAUGUGGAAAGUGGAGAUGUGUCUGUUCAACAUGCUGCUCUUAGUGCUCUUCGGAAUCUGGCUAUACCAGUGGCUAACAAGGUUCAGAUGCUUGAGGAAGGUGUUGCCAAUCGGAUUCAGACGCUUUUGAGGUCAGACAUGCCCCCUGUUCAGUUUAAACUUCUUGGAACACUACGAAUGCUGAUGGAUGGUCAAGCUGAUGCAGCAGAGGAACUGGGCCAAGAUCCCAUGCUGCUAAACAAACUGGUGCAAUGGUGUGAUUCGAAAGACCAUGCUGGAAUCUGCGGGGAAGCAAGCCGACUGUUGGCUUCACUUAUCCGUCACAGCCGUUCUCAGGAAGUUGUCAGAGCCAUUCAAGAAGCUGGAGGCAUGAAGCACCUGGUUUCCAUGGCAACUAGCGAGCAUGCCAUAAUGCAGAAUGAAGCGCUGAUUGCUUUAGCCAUCGCUUCUGCAAUCAAUUUAGAAAUCAUCAAAGAGGAAUUUAAAGAGGCCAAGCUAGUUCAGAACAUACAUAAACUUCUCCAAGAUGAAAGCACAGGUCCAGAGGUGAAAUAUAAUUCAAUAGGCCUGUUGUGCAGUCUCCUAAAUUCAGGUGACCUAAAACAAGAAGCUGAAGAGGACCAGAUGAAAGAAACCCUUGGGAAACUCUGUGGCCACAUCAAUGAGAAUGUGGCCAAACAGGCUCUAAUGGCUCUUCAGAUUCUCAAUGAGGAGAGGAGCCUCUUAGAACAAUAAAUGGUGGCAUAGCCCUCCUUAACCAUCACAGCUUUCUACACAUAAUGCAAUUAAAAUGCUACAUCAGCUAACAAGCUGUGCUUGGAGGCUGAUCUUAUGAGUGCAAGCAUUGAAGUAAAUUAUUAUUGGAGCUGGUCUUAAACUUUCUGAGUAGCUUGGAGAUAUAUGUAAGUUUUUAAAAACAACAACGUUAUUUCAUAGGACUUGUGUUUGUUGCACCCCCUCUUCCACAAUUGGCAGUUCCAGUUGAGUUGAUAGAAUUCUGGUGUGUGUCUUGAUGCUUUCUUUCAAGAGUUCAUUCCAUCCUAUUUCUAUAUCAUGUCGUUUUUAGCUACAUUUAAAUAUGAACUUUAUAAUUGUCCCCUCCAAAUGUGUCUGUUUGUAUAUGCUUUUCCUAAAAUAAGCAUUUCCCUAUGUUAAU